UCCCAAUAUUCUUCAUUCUAAAAAGCCUGCAGCUGAGAGGAAACUGCUUUGGCCUGAAUUGUGAAUUGAUCGUCGCCUUCUCAAGGUCUCUUCUCUCUUCUUAAUUCUCCUCUUCUUUUGCACUUUAUCCACAAUUACUCUCCUUUUCGGAUCUUUCAUGGUGUUUCUUCACACCUGUAAUUUCUUCAGCUUCCUUGCUGUUGGAAUUGGUUUUGAUUCCUUCUAGGGCACCGGAUUUCGUCACCGCCUGUGUCCGAUCAAUUCAAUCUCCGGAUCCAACAUUUCUACCUGAUUUCAGGAGGAUAGUCAACUCAGAUGCCGGAGGACGAUUUGAUUGACAUUAAGUUUAGGCUCUACGAUGGUUCUGAUAUUGGACCCUUUCGAUACUCGUCGGCGUCCACAAUUGAUGUGCUUAAGCAGAGAAUAGUCUCCGAUUGGCCCAAAGGAAAAACAAUCACUCCGAAGGCAGCCAGUGAAAUAAAACUGAUAAGCUCUGGAAAAAUUUUGGAAAAUAACAAAACUGUUGGUCAGUGUAAAUUACCUUUUGGUGAGUUCACGGGAGGAGUCACCAUAAUGCACGUUGUUGUACAGCCAUCCCUAGCGAAAGCUAAAACAGAGAAAAAGACUGACAAUUCGCAACAGAAGAUCGUCUGCUCCUGUUCCAUACUUUGAAACACAACACCAGUCAUAUGAUUCGUUUGGAAAAGCUAGAUCUUCUCUCUUAUUAAGAGGGUUCCCAACUACAAGAAGAGGGCUAUUUAUAGAUUACGAGAGGCAUUCAGUGAUGAGGGUAAUUUUGAAAAAUUGCUAAAGAACAUAUCCCCAUACUUUCUCCAACAAAAAAAAAAAAAAAAAAAAUUAAACAUUUACUUUUCUUUUCUUAAAAGAAAAAAAAGUAACAAUACUCCUAUAAGUUUGAUUAAGUCAUCCUUUUUUAUUCUUUUCAAGAGAGAAUUAUAAGCCAUCCUAUGAAUACCUUUACUUGUAAAAAGCAAAAUAUCUCUGGCACUUAGAGGUGGGAGUUUUUAAUUACGUAUGGUACUCUAUCUUAGAAACAGAACUGCUUUAUGGCAUAGCCAGCCAAUAUCUUAAUCCCUUGGAAAAGAAACUUGUUUCUUUCAUGAUCACAUUAAAAACUGGUGAGCCGGCCUUAAAUUGUUUGUUUGGCAUGCCGUAGUGACACAAAUGGAGGCUUAUACCCAUUAUUAAUGUAUUGUAUUUUGACAUUUAAAUAUCUUCCAAUGUUUCAACCCCUUUGGAAAAAUAUAGAAGGAGCUUCCUCUGACUGUUGUUGCUUGAAGCGAAGACCAACAACUCUUGGUGUUCAUCUUGAGUGGUUGUCAAGAGUCAAAAGAGAUAUGUGAUGCCUUCAAGUAAUGAACCCAAAUCUUCUAUUCAUGUGGAACAUAGGAUGUUAUUACAUUUUAAGUAAGUAGCGUCAUCAAAGAAAUAAACGGUCAAGUAUUUUGUUGUCAUGCUUAACGAUUCUCAACUUUUCAAUUUCAGAUAUGAUUUAUCUUA